GACCAAAACAUAACCUCUCUACUUAAGGGUGUACAUAUAGAGAGAGAAAGACAGAGUGUGUGUAGACUAGAGAGAGUGAGAGAGAUGGUGGGCUCAGGAGGAGCAGAUAGGAGCAAAGAAGCUGUUGGGAUGAUGGCCCUUCAUGAGGCCCUCAGAACCGUCUGUCUCAACUCAGACUGGAGUUACUCUGUCUUCUGGACCAUCCGUCCUCGCCCAAGAGUUAGGGGCGGUAAUGGUUGCAAGGUUGGGGACGACAACGGCAGCUUGAUGUUGAUGUGGGAAGAUGGGUUUUGCCGAGGAAGAACAGCAGAUUGUUUGGAAGAGAUGGAUGGAGAGGAUCCUGUGAGAAAAGCAUUCAGCAAAAUGUCCAUUCAGUUAUAUAAUUAUGGAGAAGGUUUGAUGGGAAAGGUUGCUUCAGAUAAAUGUCAUAAAUGGGUCUUCAAGGAACCAACAGAAUGUGAACCGAAUAUCUCCAACUACUGGCAGAGUUCUUUUGAUGCUCUUCCUCCUGAAUGGACUGAUCAGUUUGAAUCAGGUAUUCAGACAAUUGCUGUUAUUCAAGCUGGUCAUGGCCUUCUGCAAUUGGGUUCUUGCAAGAUUAUACCUGAAGACCUGCAUUUUGUGCUAAGGAUGAGGCAUACAUUUGAAUCACUUGGCUAUCAAUCUGGUUUCUACCUUUCCCAGCUAUUUUCUUCAAACAGAAAUAAUUCCUCUUCAUCUUCGAUUCCUACUAAGCAGCCCGCUAUGCCGAUACGCCAUCCUCCUCCGCUUUUCAACUGGAGUCAGAGGCCUCUUCCAUCUGCAGCAGCAGCUUCAAUGCUUCCUUCGCCGAAUUAUCAAAACCUGGUUACUAGACUUGGAUAUCCACCAGCCAAAGAUGAGACACAUAUGUUUCUCCUACCACAUCCAUCGCCGGAGAGCCACCAAAUGGAGAAUUUGAUAGGAGACCGUGAAAAUGACAUCAAAUGGCCUAAUGGGUUGUCUUUCUUCAAUGCCCUCACCGGACGAGCGGAUGAAGCGAAGCUUUUGUUCAACCCUGAGAACUUAGGGACGGAGUCGGACCAAAAUCCUAAUUCAGAUGUGCAUAACGCUGGCGGUUCAAAUCCUAACGAGUUCUUAAGCUUGGAUAGCCAUCCAGAUGGUAUAAGGAAAAUGGAUAACAAGAAGUUCAAAAGAAGCUUCACAUUGCCAGCGAGAAUGGCUUCAUCGUCUUCCUCGACUUCAGUCAAUCACCAUCAGCUUCACGAGGCCGGAAUGUACUCUGAUGUCAUGGAGACUUUCUUGGAAUGAAAGUAGAAUAAUACCCCCCGUCUUAGGGGGGUUAAGUGUCUUGUAUGCAGGCAAAAGCUUUUGUGAUCCUUUGUUGCUGAAAUUCCUGUUCUUUCUUUGAUGUUCGAUUAGUAGUGUUUCUUUCUUUUUUCUUUUCCAUUUUAGAGAACAUUUUAGUGACUUGUUGUAGUAUUGAAAUCUGAUAUUAGUUCUUCAGAAAGUCUCGUUCUGCAUUUUGGCUGGUAUGA